CGCUAGCAGAGGCAGUGUACGGGAUUCUUCUCUUGGAGGGGCAGCACGAUAAAAGGGUUAGCCAUGGCGUCUCUGAUCAGAAAGGUGAUCAGCACUGCGAAAGCCCCAGGGGCCAUUGGUCCCUACAGUCAAGCCGUGUUAGUCGACAGGACCGUUUACAUUUCAGGACAGCUAGGCAUGGACCCUGCAAGUGGUCAGCUUGUGCCAGGAGGGGUGGCAGAAGAAGCCAAGCAAGCUCUUACAAACUUGGGUGAAAUUCUGAAAGCUGCAAGCUGUGACUUCACUAAUGUGGUAAAAACAACUGUUUUGCUGGCUGACAUGAAUGACUUCAACACUGUCAAUGAAGUCUACAAGCAGUAUUUCAAGGGUAGUUUUCCUGCAAGAGCUGCUUACCAGGUUGCUGCUUUGCCCAAAGGAGGCCAUGUGGAGAUUGAGGCAGUCGCUGUCCAAGGACCUCUCACAACAGCGUCUCUAUAAAAGAAAUGAGCUGUCAGGCCAUAAAAAAGACAUGAACCUUGAAUGCAUGUUGCUGAGUGAAAGAAGCCAGUCUGAAGAGGCUACACACAGCAUGAUCCCAACUCUGACAUUCUGGAAAAGACACAACUACAGAGACAGUCAAAAGGUGAGUGGUUGUCACGAGUUUGGGGAAUGGUGGAGGAGGUAGGGGAGGGAUGAAGAGGUGAAGCACGGGAGGUUUCUAGGGCAGUGAAACUCUUCUGUAGGAUACUGGCCUGGCGGAUGCAUGGCAUUGUGCAUUUGUCAACAAACCAUAGAAUGUACAACACAAAGAGUAAACCCCACCAUAAACUAGAGAUUUCAGUUAAUAAUGUCAGUGUUGGUUCAUCAGUUAUAACAAAUGUACCACAUUAGUGAAAAUGUUAAUCAUCAGGGAGACUGUGUGCCGUGGGGAGAGGGAGUAUGAAUGGGUACUCACUGUACAUAAAAAUGCCCUAGAAAAAAAACUUUGUAAUGUUUCAAGGACUGUAGCAAUGCAGUCUGUGGUAGGGUGUUAAAUUGAAAGGUUGCCUUUUCAUUUAAAAUGGUUGCUCAUAGUUAACUGGCAUCUCCUAAAAAUAUGAAGACAGGUAAAUCAGCAAGGGACAAAUUCCACCCCCCACCCCAAAAUGUGCUGGAGAAAAUGUUGACAGGUGAUGAAAUUUGUCUAGGACGACACCUGAAUUUAAGUCUUAAUUAAUUAAGCAAAUUAAGCAAAAACCAGUUUAUUGCUAUUUUACAUGAAUCAAAAACGCUAUAUAAUUUUUAUGCCUGGUUUAGAUAAUAAAUACCAAGUCCAGCUGAAGAAAGGACCACCACCAAUGCUUUCUGAGCCCUAUAUAAACCAUUCUCAGUCCUAUUGUUGUUGCUUCCCCCAAAGAGAGCUGCAGUCCUAAAUUUUAUGUUAAUCAUUCUUCUUUUGCUUUUUAGUUUGGCCACAUAAAAGUUAGGCAUACAAAUGAUCCUUUACUUUUGCCUGAUUUUGAAUUUUAUAUUAAUAAUGUACUGAAUGUAUUUGACUUGCUUUUUUCACUCAAUAUUAUGGUUCAAAAUUUUUUAAACAUCUUUUGAUACUGAGUAGAUACACAGGAAUAUUGACCACGCAUGCUUCCACCACCCAGUUCGAGAAAAAGAACAUUCCUAUUGCAGUAGAAGACCUGAUGUGAUGCUCCAAUCCUGUCCACUUCCCAUGCGUCUCAGGAAACCAAUAUCCUGAAUUUUGCAUUUAUCAUUUCUUCUUGUAUAUGUUUGAGUCAUUAAGCAAAAUGUUUUCCUUUCCAAGUUUCUGAAGUAAAACGAA